CGAGGGCGGAGACGUUGGGGAAACGGCGAACGUGAAACCGGAAGGGGUGCCUUAAAGGGAAGGGCGCUGCCUCACCUCCGACUUUUGUCCGCCGGGCUGGCCCCCGCCCUCUUAAAGGGCAAGGGACCACUUUUUAAAGGUUCGGGGCAGGUAGUGCAGUUCGCAAGCUCUCCCCUCUCCCAUCGCCCCUCUGUCCAACCCCGCACCCCCAGAAAGAAUUCGCCUCCUAAAGGCCGGUGACAGUGUCCCACACGCUGAAGGAAAAGCUUCUGCAUCCUAGUGGCUUCAAAGCAAGUCCUUAGUUUAGCUCAGCAAGAUAGGUGGGUACGCGGGCCAGAACCCUCUUAAAGGGGAGGUCGGGCCUGAUGGAAGGGUGUGGCCUGGCCUCUUGACGGGUUGCUGUUUACCGGAUUAGCAGGGUCCGGCCCCUUCCAGAGCGCGGCUGUCUUCUCCUUAAGGCAUGCUGCCUUCUGAAAGACACGUGCAGCUUCCUGGGGUAGUCUCUUAAAAGGAGGUGCUUCCAUUUCAAAGGGGUCCCUCAUUUUUUCUCAAAGGGGAUCUUUAUGGCCUGUGCAUUCUAGACUCUAGGCUCCGGGAAGCAACAGUGAACAAGAUGCCAUUAGCAUCCAGUGGGCAGAGGCCAGGGGCUGACCAACUUGCAGUGCAGGGAACAGCCCCCCGGACCCCCGUCCAGCCCCAGAUCUCAACAGCGCUGAUGCUAGGAAACUCUGAUUAUAAAGUAGGUUAGAAAGUGAUAAGCCCUAUGGCAGGGGGGCGGGGGUGAUAAUAAGGCAGAGAAAGAGAUUGCAGCGUGUUGGCAGGGACUGCAGAGUUUAGCAGGGUGAUCAGGGAAUACUUCCCGGAGAUGACGUUUCCACAAACCCUUGGAGGUGAUGGAGGGAAGGGGCUUCUAGGCAGGGGCCUGUGUGAGGGCCCCAGGUGGGAGCAGGCAUGCCUGCGCGGCCCUGUGAGUAGGGAGCUGUGAGGGUUGGCUGUGAGGGUUGGCGAGGCCAGCAGGCAGAGAGUCAGGGACGGGAGGAGGCCACAAGCUGUGGGAAGGCUGUAGGUUCUGGGGAGGGAUCUGCCUUCGUCUGUCAGAUGGGAGCUGUGGAAGCCUUUAGCACAGAGCACUCAGGUGGUCUGUGUCCGCAAUUUCCAUUCAGCCUCUGUGUUGGGAACAGGCUGGGGGUGGGAAGAGUAAGGAUGGGAACUAGAACUGUCAGAUUCCAGCGAUGCUCCUGCCAGGAUAGAGGAGUCAGCUAAUGGACUGGUCAGAGAGAGGGAGAGAGAGCGGAGUUGAGGGUGCCCAGGGACUCUUGGCCUGAGGAAAAACAAAGGUGUCUUCAGAAAUGGAGAAGACUGGGGGUGAAAGAGAUACUUGCAGCAGGGCGGGACACAGUGGGGAGACAGCAGGAACAGAAAUUGAGCUGGAGCUAGGUGUGGGGCCUGUUAAGUGUGAGGUGUCUCUUAGGCGCCCAGCAGGGGUGUAGGUGUCCAAGGACAGGUGUCAAGUGGAGAGGAGUUUCGGAAUGGUCCCGUCUGUAGAUUGUGGAGUCCCAGGAGCGGUGGGGGCCCCAAGGGAAAGGGUGGCUGCAGAAGAGGAGGGCUGGCAGAGCCCUGGCCUCUGCUGUAUUCACAAGUAGGACCGCCACCUGAAACAGAGAAGGGGUGGCAGGUGAGAGGAGCGGGGAGCCCAGAAACCAGGGCAGUGGUUCAAGGAGAGAGAACCAAGAUGUCUGUUGACCACUGAGCAGAGACCACUGGCAUGGAGGCCAUGAGUGUGGGGGAGGGCCUGGUUGGCAUGGUUUGAGAUGGGGAAGGGUGUCCUGAUGGCAUGUUGGGGUGGCUUUGCACGGAGACAGAAAGGAGGCCACAGCUGGAGGAGGAAGUGGGGUGAAGGGUCUUUGCUCUUUUUAAAGAUGGGAGACUUAGCCCGUGGGUACACUGAUGCCGAUGCUCCAGGACAUGAGGAAAAUCAGAGUCUUUGGCCCAGAGGCAGGAGGCAGAUGGCAGGGGUGGGGGGCAGUUCAGGGUUUCUCAGCCUCAGCACCCCUGGCAUUUUGAAUUGAUGGCUCUUUGCUGUUUGGGGGGUGAGUGGUUCUGUCCUGUGCAUUUAGGAUGUGGAGCAGCGUCUUUGGCCUCUGCCCCUCCAGUCGACAGCAGCCAACCCACUCUGCAAGCAUGGCCAGAUGUCCCCUGGGGUGGGGGCGUAGUGGGGGGUGUGCAGAUGGCAUCGCGCCAUUGAGAUCCACCGGUGUGAUUGCUGCAUCGUGGGAACAUUCUGUUCUGGUUGCUUUUCUCAGCCACAGGGUCAGUGGCAGGCUCCUCGGGCUAAGAGCAAGAGGGGACAGGAGAGAGGAGAGGAGAGAAGACGCGCCAGGUGUCACCUGGUGGGCAGUGCAGGGCGAUGGGGCGGGAGCUUUGAGAUCUUUGGGCUUGGAUGCGCAGGGAGACGGAGGCCAGGCGGAUUCAGGUCACUGGCAGCGUGUAUGCUGGGUAAGGGGGUGGCAAGGGUCUGGAUGGGGGCUAGGGUGCGGGCUGCAGGGUCAGUGGUCGGUUCGGGGUUCGGGCGCCAGGAGGGGGCGCUGGAGCAGGAUGCGUGGUGGUGGAGAGUGGGUGUCGGAGAGGCUCCGUCUAGAGAUAAGGGGCUUCGGAAGUGGGAGCAGGUACUAAGGCAGGAUGGAGGAGCAGGUCUUUAGAGGGAGCCGGCCAAAGGAUCCAGAGCCAGGACGCUAGAGAUCUGGUGUUCUUUAAGGACACGCCUGUCUUUAGGGGGACGGGGCGGAGAACGCUCCCGCCUCCAGGAGGGGGAGGCCCGUAUCAGGGAGUGAGACCACGCCUCCUAGUGUGCCGGAAGUUCCCCCUUGAGCACCCAAGGGCUCCAUCGCGGGUAGCCUCCUUGUCCGAAGGGAGGUGCUCCCUGCCUUUGAAAAGGCCAGCCUGUGGGUGUGUGGCUGCGAUGGUCCGGCGUGUGAGUGGAGGUGCGGGGAGCCCCCGGCCUGCCCUGAUCCCGCGUCCCUCCCCAGGUGUGAUGGUCGGCUCCCACGCGGACAUGGCGCCGGCCUCCACCGCCGAGGGGGCCGGCGAGAAGCCCGGGCCCGCGGCCCCCGCCCCGCAGGCGCAGUAUGAGUGUGGGGAGUGCGGCAAGUCCUUCCGCUGGUCGUCCCGCCUGCUACACCACCAGCGCACGCACACGGGCGAGCGGCCCUACAAGUGCCCCGACUGCCCCAAGGCCUUCAAGGGCUCGUCGGCGCUGCUCUACCACCAGCGGGGCCACACGGGCGAGAGGCCCUACCAGUGCCCCGACUGCCCCAAGGCCUUCAAGCGCUCGUCGCUGCUGCAGAUCCACCGCAGCGUGCACACGGGCCUGCGCGCCUUCACGUGCGGCCAGUGCGGCCUGGCCUUCAAGUGGUCCUCGCACUACCAGUACCACCUGCGGCAGCACACCGGCGAGCGGCCCUACCCCUGCCCCGACUGCCCCAAGGCCUUCAAAAACUCGUCCAGCCUGCGGCGCCACCGGCACGUGCACACGGGCGAGCGGCCCUAUACCUGCGGCGUGUGCGGCAAGAGCUUCACGCAGAGCACCAACCUGCGGCAGCACCAGCGCGUGCACACGGGCGAGCGGCCCUUCCGCUGCCCGCUCUGCCCCAAGACCUUCACGCACUCCUCCAACCUGCUGCUGCACCAGCGCACUCAUGGCGCUGCCGCUGCCCCCGCCCCCGCCCCCGCCCCGGGCGCCGGCCCUGGCCCUCCGCAGCGCGAGCCCGCCGCCGGCAGCAAGGUCCUGGUCUCCGACGCCUACCUGCAGCGGCCCCUGCCGCCGCCCAGCCCGCCCGUGCCGCCGCCGCCCGCGCCCCCGCCCGUGGUGCCCGAGCUCUUCCUGGCGGCGGCCGAGACCACGGUGGAGCUGGUGUACCGCUGCGAUGGCUGCGAGCUGGGCUUCGGCAGCGAGGAGCUGCUCCUGGAGCACCAGCCAUGCCCCGGGCCCGAGGCGCCGCCCCCGCCGGCCGCCGCGCCCUCCGAGGUGCCCAAGGCCGACCCGCCGCCGCCGCCGCCGCCACCGCCGCAGUCCCCGCUGCCCCAGCCCGCUCCCGCCGCCGCCGCCGCCGCCCCCGGCUUCGCCUGCCUCCCCUGCGGGAAGUCCUUCCGGACGGUGGCCGGCCUCUCCCGCCACCAGCACAGCCACGGGGCGGCGGGUGGGCAGGCGUUCCGCUGCGGCAGCUGCGACGGCGCCUUCCCGCAGCUGGCCAGCCUGCUGGCGCACCAGCAGAGCCACGUGGAGGAGGCCGCGGCCGGGCGCCCACCCCCCCAGGCUGAGGCCGCCGAGGUCACCUGCCCCCAGGAGCCGCUGGGGCCCACGCCCGGCCCGCCGGCCCCGGCGCCCGCCCCGGCCUCCGCGGAGCGGCCCUACAAGUGCGCCGAGUGUGGCAAGGCCUUCAAGGGCUCGUCGGGGCUGCGCUACCACCUGCGGGACCACACGGGCGAGCGCCCUUACCAGUGCGGCGAGUGUGGCAAGGCCUUCAAGCGCUCGUCGCUGCUCGCCAUCCACCAGCGCGUGCACACAGGCCUGCGCGCCUUCACGUGCGGCCAGUGCGGCCUCACCUUCAAGUGGUCCUCGCAUUACCAGUACCACCUGCGGCUGCACUCGGGCGAGCGGCCCUACGCCUGCGGCGAGUGCGGCAAGGCCUUCCGCAACACGUCAUGCCUGCGGCGCCACCGGCACGUGCACACGGGCGAGCGGCCCCACGCCUGCGGCGUGUGUGGCAAGAGCUUCGCACAGACCUCCAACCUGCGGCAGCACCAGCGCGUGCACACGGGCGAGCGGCCCUUCCGCUGCCCGCUCUGCCCCAAGACCUUCACGCACUCCUCCAACCUGCUGCUGCACCAGCGCACGCACUCGGCCGAGCGGCCCUUCGCCUGCCCGGUCUGCGGCCGCAGCUUCGUCAUGGCCGCCUACCUGCAGCGGCACCUGAGGACGCAUGCCCCUGCGGCCCCCGCGGCCGGCCCCCAGCCCCAGGCCCCGCUGGCCGCCGCCCCUGCCCCGUCGGCCACCCAGGAUGUGCACGUCCUCCCCCACCUCCAGGCCACGCUCUCCCUAGAGGUGGCCGGGGGGACGGCCCCGGCCACGGCCCCCGGCCCCGCCGCUCCCAACUCGCAAACGUUUCUCCUGGUGCAGACAGCUCAGGGCCUGCAGCUGAUCCCCAGCAGCGUCCAGCCGCCCACACCCCCGCCCCCGCCCGCGCCCCCCAAGCUCAUCUUGCUGCCCUCUUCCAGCCCCGCUGGGGGGGGCAGCUGCGCCCGGCAGGGCCCGCGGGCCACGGGGAAAGCUGGGCCGGGGGCUGGAGUAGUCUGGCUGCCAGGCCCUGGGGGUUUAGGCGUGCAGAGAGGAAGCAACGCUGGGGCCAACGUGGGAGGGCAGAGCCUCAUAGUUCUGCAGAACGUGGCGGGUGGGGAGGCAGGCCCGCAGGAAGUGAGUGGGGUUCAGCUCCAGCCCCUUCGUCCAGCUCCUGAACUGACCACCGUCCAGCUCCAGCCGGCCCAGGAGGUGACCACGGUCCAGCUCCAGCCUGUGACGGGUCCGCUGUCCAGUUCCAGCGGGGGAGCUGUGACCACCGAGGCGCCUAAUCUGCUGGUGGUUCAGAGCGGGGCGCCGGAGGAGUUGCUGGCGGACCCCGGCCCAGGGGAGACUGGCGAGGGCGAGGCCGGCCCGGGGGUGGUCCCGGAUGUGCUCUUUGAGACGCUGCAGACGGAGGAGGGGCUGCAGAGCGUGCUGGUGUUGAGCGGGGCCGACGGGGAGCAGACCCAGCUGUGUGUGCAGGAGGUAGAAACCUUACCGUCGGGGCUGGCCGAGCCGCCCGCCUCCGGCCCGCCCGGACAGAAGCUGCUGAUUAUCCGCAGCGCUCCGGCCGCAGAGCUGCUGGAGAGCGGCAGCGCUGGGGGAGGCGCCGCUGCGCUGCAGCUGCUGGCGCCCCCACCGCCUGGCCCAGCCUCUGCUCCCGCGGGCGUCCCUGCGGCCCCGGGCCCCCAGAUGGUACAAGUCGUCCCCGCAGGAGCAGCACCCGGGGGCGUGGCCCCACAGGGCCUGCCCUCCAUUCAGAUUGUGCAGACUCUGCCCGCGGUCCAGCUGGUGCACACGUUUUGAGUCGGACCACCGGUACCUCUUCCCGCCCCACAGAGAGGCCCCGACCCCAUCUCCGCCUGGGCUGGGCUGAGCUGGGCUGGGGGGAGGGGAGCUGCAGGCUGGGCUUGCUAAUAAAGACCAGAAUCCCC